AUGGAUUUGCAGGUUGUUAUCCAAAGUGUACGCAUUCGGAGAACCGCUAAGAUUGAUCCAAUCCGCCGAUUCGGGAUCUCCAUUAUAAUUAUAGAAUUCCACAAUACAUCUAUAGGGUAUUUGGAGGUUUCGGUGGCGGUGGAAGUGGUGGCGGUGGUGCGUGUGGAUGUAUUGGUUGAAGUAUUAGCGGUGGUAGCGGUGGUGGUGCCGGUGGUAGCGGUGGUGCGUGUGGAUGUAUUAGCGGUGGUAGCGGUGGUGCGUGUGGAUGUAUUGGCGGUGGUUCGUGUGGAUGUAUUGGCGGUGGUUCGUGUGGAUGUAUUAGCGGUGGUGCGUGUGGAUGUAUUGGCGGUGGUUCGUGUUGAUGUAUUAGCGGUUGUGCGUGUGGAUGUAUUGGCGGUGGUGUGGGGAGUGGUGCGUGUGGAGGUGUUCGCGGUGGUGUGUGUGGAGGUAUGGAAGGUGGUGUGGGGGGUGGUGUGUGUUGUGGUGUGGAAGGUGGUGUGGGGGGUGGUGCGUGUUGUGGUGUGGAAGGGAAUGCUUCCAGCUUCUAUGAAUUGGACCACAAUUAAGAUAGCCACUGUAAAGAGGGUUAUUCUUUUUAAGGACAAAGCCAUUUUUAUGGAGGGAAAGGAUGUUGAUAAUGAGGGAAGAAGUAGGCACAAUUCUUGA